AUGUUGUUCACUACCCUCAUCGCGCUCCUUCCUUUCGCAGCCGGCGUCAGUGCCGGUGUUCACCGCAUGAAGCUUCACAAGCUGCCGCCUGCAUCGCGCGACCAUGCUCUCGAGAGCGCGUACCUCGCGGAGAAGUAUGGCGCGCCUCAACAGGCUGCCUUGUUGGGCGCGGGCGGCGCCGGUCGCAACGUGCGCGUGAGCCGUCCUCCGGUCAACGACGACGGCGAGAGCCUAUUCUGGACCCAGGCCCACAUCAACUCUGGCCAUGGAGUGCCUCUCAGCAACUUCAUGAACGCUCAGUAUUUCUCCGAGAUCACUCUUGGGACACCUCCGCAGAGCUUCAAGGUCAUCCUUGACACCGGGUCGAGUAACCUCUGGGUUCCCAGUGUCAAGUGCACAUCCAUAGCUUGCUUCCUCCACCAGAAGUAUGAUUCGAGCCAGUCUUCCUCGUAUAAGGCAAAUGGGUCGGAGUUCUCCAUCCAAUACGGCUCCGGGUCUAUGGAGGGCUUCGUGUCUCGUGACACCCUCACCAUAGGUGACCUGACUAUCAAAGGGCAAGACUUUGCGGAGGCGACCAAGGAGCCCGGUCUUGCGUUUGCGUUCGGCAAGUUCGAUGGCAUUUUGGGCCUCGGCUACGACACGAUUUCUGUGAACCACAUCACCCCUCCUUUUUACAGCAUGAUCAACGCCGCCCUGCUCGACGACCCCGUCUUCUCCUUCCGCCUCGGUUCCUCUGAGGAGGAUGGCGGCGAGGCCGUCUUCGGCGGCAUUGACAGCAGUGCUUACGAAGGCAAGAUCACCUACGUUCCCGUCCGCCGCAAGGCAUAUUGGGAGGUCGAGCUGGAGAAGAUCAAGUUUGGCGACGACGAGCUUGAACUCGAGAACACCGGUGCUGCUAUCGACACUGGGACGUCGCUCAUUGCGCUGCCCACCGAUCUCGCGGAGAUGCUUAACGCCCAAAUCGGUGCUACCAAGUCGUGGAACGGCCAGUACACCGUGGAGUGCUCCAAGGUCCCGGACCUGCCUGAGCUAUCUUUCUACUUCGACGGCCAGGCCUACCCACUCAAGGGCACGGACUACAUCCUUGAGGUCCAGGGUACGUGCAUGUCCGCAUUCACCGGACUUGACAUCAACCUCCCCGGUGGCUCGCUUUGGAUUGUUGGUGAUGUCUUCCUCCGCAAGUACUUCACGGUAUACGACCUCGGCCGGGAUGCUGUUGGUUUUGCCAAGUCAAAGUGA